GAUAUUACCGAUUAAUGCUCUGCAACUAACAUUGUUUAGUGUGUCUUCAAUAAUUGAAGUAUUAAGUCGAUAUAAAUAAAUAUGGCGGAAAAAGUGAAGAAGAAACCAUCGUUUUUUACAUUGAGGAGAUGGAACAGUCAAAAAAUGAAUAAUGAUGUGCCGUUAGAUAUGGUGGCGCCGAACCUGGCGUCUCCUCGUGUUGUGGAUAAUGUGCAAUCGGUUAGGACACAGAAUUCACCAGCAGUGUCGAGGAGAGUUAACGUCGCAGCGGAUUCUAAGCCUAGAAACAGGUUGUCAGCCGGCGGCAUCAAUGAGUUGGUGCAAUGCGCGUUGUGUUUGGAGGUGAUGCACAACCCCAAAAUGUUGCCAUGUCAACACACCUUCUGCAUGGCUUGCCUCACCGUUUAUAUAGCCGAUUUAGCAGUAGUUGAAUGUCCCAUCUGCAGGACAAGAAUCCAAGUGCAUGGACAGAACUUUGUAAACGAACUACCUUCAAACUUAUACAUAGAUUCAUUACUAAAUAUAGUUGGCAUAAAAAAUAUGCCGGUAAAAACUUCAGAAACCCCGCCAUCAACCCCCGGUACGGUUGGAAUGCAAAGCGUGGAUUUAUUCGCUGCUGGGGUUAGAUGCUGUCAUUGUAAAACUAUGUGCGAUAGUACAGAAGUUUCAUCGUGUUUGCACUGUAAGUUGAAAUUCUGCCAAGUCUGCUGGUUACAACAUUUGGACGAUAUGAGAACUCAAAUGGCGGCAAUAAUAAAACAAUUAGACGUCGCAGCCACUCGCUUAGACCACAAAAUUGAGCAUUUUAAGGACCGAUGCGAACGUAUAGUAGAACAAAUUAACAUCGCUGCUGAUGAUAAGAUAAACGCCAUAAUCGAGUCCAAGGAAAAUAUUCUACGGGAAACAGGUGUUCUGCAAAAAACUGCUGAUAUGUCCGCACUCGCUCUUAAAACUUCACUAGAAGAAGCCAGAACAGUCGCUAAACAAGCAAUGACUUUCACUGAUCCUGUAGACGAACAAGAAAGAGUGUCAACGUUCAUGAACCUCCAUCAAAACGCAGUACAACUUUUAUCAGACGUGUCGAAAUGGGACACAGACAGUUUUGUAUUCGACAAAGAGAAUUUCCGCCUAGAAAUGGACACGGCGACGCCAUUAGACGCCGAGUCUGAUGAUCCAGUACCAGAAGUCGCUAAGCAAAACGAUCCGCUCGAGAGUGAAAACAGUCUUGUCAUGUACUACAGAUCUCGAAACUUCGUCCCACAUUACGUAUGGCGCAAGACGUCCCGUCCGUGCGGCAUCGGUCUGAGCCCGUGGGACAACCAUCUCUACGUCUGCGGGAUGGAUAGCCACUCCGUUUUGGUGGUAGAACGGACUCAAGCUAAAAUAGUCACCAGGCUCUCGCAUGAGGACAUGCUGUGUCCCGUACAGAUCGCGUUUAUGAAGAGUCUAGGAGAAAUUUAUGUUACAGAUAAAUGGAAACACUGCGUCCACGUGUUCUCUAAAGAGGGCGAGUAUCUGCGGAGUAUCGGCCAGAAAGGGAGCAGGAUCGGCAUGUUCCGAUCGCCUGAAGGUGUCGCUACGGAUAACACUAAUCAACACAUUUAUAUAGCUGAUACUGGCAAUGAUAGAGUACAGAUAUUACAACCUGACGGCAAAUUCAUCGACCAAAUAGGCGUAGUUGUGAAACACCAGCCAUCACACACUGCAACUGUUUGGGAGACUAAAGAAGUGACGUGCACUGAACUGAACACUCCCACAGCGGUCGCAGUAACAGCUGACCGCGUCGUCAUACUUGACAGCGGGAAUCGUAGGGUCAAAAUAUACAACAAACAGGACAAGGGCAAAAUAAUCGAGUUUGGAUCCAUGGGGCAAAGGAAAGGGCAAUUCAGACAACCUGAAGUUCUAGCUGUGGACCCCAUGGGGUACAUACUAGUGGGCGAUUCGGGCAACUGUAGAAUCCAAGUAUUCAAACCAACAGGACAACUCGUUCGAGUUUUUGGAGGGCUGGGAAGCCAACCAGGAAAGUUUGGAUGGAUAUCGGGCAUACAUGUCACGAAACAAUUAGAUAUUAUAGUCAGCGACACCAAAAAUCACUGCGUCAAUUUCUUUUAAAUAACACCAAAUAUAUUCAUAACAACAUUUAUUUCAGUAAAGAAUCAUUACUUUUGUUAUAAAUUAAUAUCUUACGUAAUAAAUGAGACAAAAAUAAA